AUGAAUAAAAUAUAAUUCCACUCUUUGCAGGUAAUACCUACAAAAAUUGAAUUCACCAUAUUCAAGCCACAAUUGAAUUAUAUUGUAAAAUAGGUUCAUCGUUUAAAAUGUGUCAUGUUAAGCAGAAAGGAUAUUGAACUCAUAAUAGAUUAAAUAAUAUUUAUUGUCGAAUUAUUGAUUGCUGGUUAAUUCGGCACACCUUCAUUAGCUUAUUUGGAUGAGUUGCAUAAAACCUUAGUUACUACUUUCAAUUCAUUCAAACAGGAUUAAUUAGGAUAUGUGAUAGCAAAUAUGGAGACAUUAAAAAAAUAGACAAAUUAAGAUUAUUUGAAGGGCUUUAAGAAAGGAAGUUCUAGAAACUUAAAAAUAGCUAAUCAGUUAUAAAAAAUCUAGAAAAGAAUACUGUCAGUCAUUCGAAUAGUGUAUGCCUAAUUAUUCUUAUUUUGGUUGGAUGAGCAUUAACCAGAUUAAAGCACUGCCUUGAAAAGUAAGCGCGUCUUCGUUGAAACUAAAACAUUAUUGCAAAGUAAAUUAAAAGAAUUAGAUUUAGAAAAGCAUAGUAAAAUAGUGUGCAGAAUUUGCGAGUAAUUAAUAGAGGUAGAAAUUAUGACAGCGCAUUGUAUAACUUGUGAGAAAAAAGCUGAACAAAGCAAAAAAUUAUUAUAAUUAAAUUUAUAGCUAGCCGAUGCCUCUUAACUAGCAUAUAAAUUGAAGCAUGACGUUUAAAUUAAAUUAGGGAAACUAAGUUUAUAAGAACAGAAACAAAAUCGAUUAAAAUAAAAAAAGCAAGAGGAGGAGAAGAAACCAUUAAGAUCCUUAAGAAGAACUCAUACCAUCCAUUUGGAAGAUAAAAAAAUCUAAUAAGAGGAAGAAGAUAAGAAUAAGUCAAAGAAACAAUUAGCUUUAAUUAAUUCCGUAAUGACAAUUAUCGUAAAUUACACUGAAAAAGUGCUUAAUAGCAAUGCCAACAAUGAGGACAAUAAACUAAAUCGUAUCACCUUUGAUGAAUUGACUGAUGCCAAAUGCAACAUAGAAGCUGAUGAUAUCAAUCAAGAGAUCUUAGAUAUUAUUGAUAAGGCUAGAUCCUGUAUAUAUGAUAGGAUGGAAUACUUUAAGAUUUUAUAAAACUUAGAAACUCAACAAAUCCAAGAGAGUUAGAAAAUCAAACCUAACAUUGAGAUAGAUUUGAAACAAAAAUAUAAGAAUUCUAACUCUAGUUCAUUUAGAUUUUCGAAAUUCAAUAAUUCAACAGGCACAAGCUAAUAAAAAUUGAAACGAAAUGAAACCAUUUACGAAGAAGAAUGUGACAAUCCAGAAUGUCAAACUCCUAGAGUUAACACUGUUAAUAAAAAAAACAAUAUGAUGAUCAUGUCACUUAUUAAUAAAGAUAAAUUUAAUGUCAACAAUACUGGAAGUGCCAAUGAAAUCAAAAGGAGAGAUAGUUUGACUAUGAUGACCAUGACAAGAUCCUAAGGAUUAGGCAGUAAUUAAAUGAGGAGAACCUAAGUAAACAAGGGAAACUUAGAUGAACCUAUGCAAUUUCAAUCCAAUCCAGGAUCUAAGAUUUUAGACAGAAUUGGCAAUCUUUCUAAUUCCUCUGAUGCUUUAAUGAGUCCAACAUCAAAUAAGCCAUCCUUAUUUAGAAAGGCUCAAUCUCCAACUGCAGUAGACUCAGUUAUUGAAUCCCCUGUUUAAACUCCAUUAGGCCGUAUGGCUUCAUCAGAAUAAGACGAGUCUCCAAAUAAUUAAAAGAUCUGUUCAUUUGCCGAUCUGCCUCAAUGCGAUUCUGAUUAAGAGUUUCCACUAAAAAAAUAAUAAAAAGUUCCUUCCAUAGGUUUAGGGAGAUAGGUGGAUUCUAUUGAAGAAAUUCAAAAAGACAAAGAUCAAAACAUUAUAAAUUCAUUUGAGAAUAUCAAUCAAUGCGAGUCUGAUUAAGAAAAUAAAUCAAAUUAAGCUAAAAAUUCAACACCUAACUCUAAUUAAAAUUCGAAUUAAGAAAUGAAAAAUUCUUAAUAAAAUAGUAUGAAAAAUAGUGGAAGGAAUAUUAUGAUGAAUAUAAUGAUGAAAGGCAGUCGCAAAUUACCCAUACCUCCUUAAUAAUAAGAAAUAUCAAGAGCUUUGCAUAUUGAUUUAGGCUUAUCGCAAUCUGAGUAGAUAUUAGAAGAAUCACCAAACACAGCUUCACCUCCUAAAAAGGAUAAAAAUGAUUUGAGUCCUAGUAGUUCAUCUUCAAGCAACAAUGUAGAUAUAGUGAAACAAGAUGAAAUUAAUAUAGAAGCAGAUUUCGAUAGAAUUAUGAGGAAACCUAAGAAAAGUAUAUUCCAUCCUGAAAAUUCUAAAAACAUUAUGUCAAAAAACAGUAUGAAAUAAAGUGUUGCUGUACAACCCUAGAAAUCAAAUCAAUCAUUUGAUUUUGAAGUGAUAACUGUUGACAGAGGAUAUAAUUCAGAUUCAGAAUUAGUUAGUAUCAAUGCAGAAAAAACACUCCAAUCUUAAGAAAUAGGGUUAAAGGACUUCGAAUUUGUUAAACCAUUGGGACAAGGAGCAUUUGGUUGGGUAUUCCUAGUGAAAAAGAAAACCUCAGGAGACCUUUAUGCAGUGAAGAUCAUUGAUUGCUCUUAAAAACAAUUGGAAACGCAAUUAGAUACUUUGAAAGCUGAAAGAAAUAUUUUUGAAAUACUCUCUGGAGACUUUGUUGUGAAAGCUUACUAUUCGUUUAGUCAUGAAUAAUAUUUGUGCUUUGUAUAAGAAUAUAUGGUGGGAGGAGACUUUUCGCACAUUUUAAAGAUGUAUACGGCUUUAGAUGAGGAAUACGUUAGACAUUAUAUAGCUGAAGUGGUUUUAGCCUUGGAGUAUUUGAGAUCCAAGAAGAUAGUGCAUAGAGAUUUAAAGCCAGAUAAUAUUCUAUUGGAUAAAUAAGGACAUGCUAAGUUGGCUGAUUUCGGACUCUCAGAAGUCGGAUUCAAUAAUAGAUUAAAAUUAAAGUUAAGAUAAUAGGAUAUUGAAUCUAAUACAAUACCAGAAUUUGCAGAUCAUAAUGACCCACAAUACAAUACUGUUUUUGAUUUAAAAUUACCUCAAGCAUAAUAGGCCAUCAAAACCAGUAUACAAGAUCAUAGCAGUAAAAGUAAAAGGAUUGUUGGAACUCCUGAUUACAUAGCUCCAGAAGUAUUGAAAGGAGAAUCACUAACUAAUAGUAGUUUGGAUUAUUGGAGUUUAGGAGUCAUAAUGUAUGAAAUGCUUUGUGGAAUUCCUCCAUUCAAUGAUGAUUCUGUUGAAAAGAUAUUUGACAAUAUAUUGAAUUAUAGAAUUGAAUGGCCAAAUGUAAGUGAUGUAGAAGAGGAAAGCAUUUCAUAAAAUGCUUAUGAUUUGAUGUGUCGUUUGAUGGAACCUGAUUAUACAAAGAGGAUUGGACAUUCGGACAUUGAUGAAAUUAAAUAGCAUCCUUUUUUUAAUGGUAUUGAUUGGAAUACUAUUCUACAAAUGCCUGGGUUGAUUGUACCAAAAAUGGUACUAAAAGAAGGUGAGAAUGAGGGAAAGAAUUGCGAGAAGGUUUAAUAAUUUUUGAAUAAUCUUGAAAAAAAAGAAGUCAAAAAUUAAACAUUAGCAUCUAAAUUAAAAAGUUAAUUAUCAAAUUUAGAAAGAUUAGAUUUAUUAGUUAAAUUAAGUUUAGAAGAAGCAAAUGAUAAAUUAUCUAAGAUCCGUAACAAUGAAAAUAAAUUAAAGCGAAUCUUAAAUAAAAUAGAUCAUUAUGAAUAAGAACAUUAAACCUAAAUGCUUCUUCUAUAUGAAGAUGUUUUUUGA